UUUUCGACCCGGAAUGUUUUCUAGGGCACACAAACCGGACGUGGGGCUCACGCGGCCAUCGUCUCCGUGUAUGUUUACAACAAAACGAACUAAAAAGACAUAAAUAUAAUAAUAUUUCGCUGGAGGUAUUCUCAAAACCAGUGGUAGAGAAUGUCGGACAACGAAGACAACUUCGACGACGGAGAUUUUGAUGAUGCCGAAGAGGACGAGGGAUUAGAUGAUCUGGAAAACCCGGAAGACGAGGAUCAGGAGAAUGUACAAAUCCUACCAGCAGGGGAGGGCCAGCAAGCUAACCAGAAGAGGAUAACAACACAAUACAUGACAAAAUACGAGAGAGCCAGAGUUCUGGGAACUAGAGCUCUCCAGAUAGCGAUGUGUGCGCCAGUCAUGGUGGAACUGGAAGGAGAAACGGAUCCUUUACAAAUCGCUAUGAAGGAACUCAAGUGUGGGAAGAUCCCCAUCAUCAUCCGCAGGUACCUUCCGGACGGAAGCUAUGAAGACUGGGGCUGCGACGAGCUCAUCAUAAGCGAUUAAGUAAGACGUAAAGCCGCUGUUGCGCGGCCAAUGUUGUACCGACACACACACACACACACACACACACACACACACACUGCGAAGAAAGGUGUAGUCUUCAUUCUUCAAAAUCUGAACAUUGAAUCGAAAACCAACUUCACCCUUCUGUUGAGAUGUUGCGCAGCAGCCGCAUUACAAGACAACGCCACAAGAGGGCGAUGUAACGUUAAGUGACCCUUUAACAAAACAAGCCUGUGUUUUUCCAUUUGUUGUUUUGCUGGAGACAUGUGAUUAUUGUAAAAGAAAUGUUUUAUUGUUUUGAAUAAACUUUUGGAUUAAAUACCA